UGCAAGAGCAGCUAUUGCUCUUAGCCACUGAGCCACCUCUCUAAUCCCUAACUUUUUUUCUUCUUAAAAUAAAACGUACUAAUACUGCCAAGUGCUGGUCACUUUGAACUCAUCAUUAACGGGACGUCCUGCACGUCUAUUUGCUUAACCCGGAACUCCUGAUCCUGAGUUUACUAACACCUGUUUGCCGUAGAGCCGGGCAAAUGGAAACGAAGACGGCCCUGAUCUCAGAGUUCAGAUUCUGAUUUUUCAGGCAAAUUUGCAACCAGAAAAGCAAUCCCUGACCAUUAACAAUUAACCUUCAUGGAGUCUAGUCGGUAUCCUGCUGUAUCCUGUGGGGGUGGAAAGGCACUGUAUAGCCCCGACCCCGGCCUCAUUGCUUUGGUUUGAGGCAGGAUCCAGAAGCCCGAAGUUUUAGGAACCCAGUGAUUUUCCUCCUACAAAUGUGGGUGACCCUGGCAAAUCCCCUUCUGGCGGCGCUGGGACCCCUGGUCGCACCCCUGGGAGGCGUUUGGGGCCCGCUCCGCGCCAGGCCGGGCCGGGCGCACACUGGGCAGCCGAGCUCAGGGUGGCUUUGCAACUCCGAGGCCUUCCCGUGGCAUCUCCGGGGUCUGCCCGGGCCAGCAACGGACAGGAGACUCCCGGGGCGAGGGCAGUCGGCUCGGGAAGCUUCCGCGCACGGCCCGCCCUCCGCCCACACAGCCCGGGGACGUACCCGCCGCGAAACCCCAGGGGCUGGAGCUGCCCCGCUGAGGUUCAGAAACUCCCCAGGCUGCACUGGGAACCGAUGUGACUCCAGGCAAUGCUGCCCCCACAGGAACUGUCUCUUUACCUGCUGGCUUCACUGGGCUUCCACUUCUACUCUUUCUAUGAAGUUUACAAAGUCUCCAGAGAACAUGAAGAGGAACUGGAUCAAGAAUUUGAACUGGAGACGAGCACUUUGUUUGGAGGAUUGAAGAAGGACCCCAGUGACUUUGAGUGGAACUUCUGGAUGGAAUGGGGGAAGCAGCGGCUGGCAUGGCUCCUCCUUGGCCAUGCGACCAUGUCUCAGCUGGCCGCACUGCUUGCCAAGAAGCACAGACCCUGGAUUCUCACGGUCUAUGGAGUAUGGGCCUGCUGGUGCGUGCUGGGGACCCCAGGCGUGGCCAUGGUCUUUCUCCACGCUGCCGUUGCCUUCUGCGUGGCCCAGUUCCGGUCGCUGGUCCUGUCCUGGCUGUGUUCUCUCAUCCUGCUUUUCACGCUGAGGCUGCACGAUGUGGAGGAAGUUAAGAGGAGAUGGUACCAGACGGAAGGCGAGUGUUACCUGCUGCAGUUCACGCUGACUGUCCGCUGCCUGUCCUACACCAGCUUCUGCCUGGAGCUCUGCCUGCAGCGGCCCACCGAGCGCGCCUCUUUCUCCUUUCCGUGGAUGCUGGCCUAUGUCUUCUAUUAUCCUGUCUUCCACAAUGGGCCCAUCCUCAACUUCCUGGAGUUCUGCAAACAGAUGCAGCACCCGGAGUUCAGCACUGGACAGCACAGCCUCUGCGUUCUGGCCCGGGGCCUGGGUCGCCUGCUCUGCUGGUGGGUGCUGGCGGAGCUGAUGGUCCACCUCAUGUACAUGCACGCCCUCUACAGCAGCAUCCCUCUCCUGGAGGCCGUCUCCUAUUGGGCAUUAGGAGGGCUGGCGCUGGCUCAUGUGCUCUUCUUCUAUGUGAAGUACUUGGUGCUCUUUGGUGUCCCGGCUCUGCUCAUGCGCCUGGAUGGACUCACACCACCGCCCCUCCCCCGCUGCGUGAGCACCAUGUUCAGCUUCUCUGGGAUGUGGAGGUAUGUGUACAUUCCCCUGGGUGGGUCCCAGCGUGGCCUCCUGGGGACACUGCUUUCCACUGCGAUGACAUUUGCCUUCGUGAGCUACUGGCACGGCAGCUAUGAUGACCUCUGGUGCUGGGCAGCACUUAACUGGCUGGGAGUCACCGUGGAGAGUGGAGCCCGGAGGCUGCUGGAGACGCCCUGCAUCCAGGAGAGCUUGGCCCGUCGCCUCUCCCCACAAGCUCGCCGUAGGCUGCACGCUGUCCUGGCCUCCUGCUGUACCUCCAUGUUGAUCCUGUUCAACCUGGUGUUUCUCGGGGGAAUUCAAGUCGGGAAAACCUACUGGGACAGGAUCUUUGUACGAGGCUGGCCAUGGGUGACCCUGUCUGUGCUGGGAUUCCUGUAUUGCUGUUCUCAUGUGGGUAUCGCCUGGGCCCAGACAUACACAGUUCAUUAAUGCUAUUGGGCAAGGCCACCUUCAAAGGAUAUGGAAGAGUACGGCGUUUGGCCCAGCCCUCCCUCUCCAAGAGAAUUUCUAAAGGAUCCCUUCCCGCUCUUCUGUUGAAGACGGUUCACUCCAACACUGGUAGUUUGAGCUCUCAAAAGGAAUGUGCAGCAGGAUUGGUAAAGGUUUUUGUGCCCCAACCAACCCCUUCAGCUUCUCACUGCAUCAUCUGGAGUCCAUGGCAGGCUCAAGUCUUGCUCAGCAACACAUGGUGAUGUUUGCUCUAGAAUCUGGUCCCCCAGACCCUUUGGGCUCUUCCUUUACCAAGAAUUCAAUGUAAUCGAUGUUUAUGAUUUUAGUAUUAAGGUCUGGCUGGCGCUAGGCCUGCCCUCCCCUGAGCUGCCUUUCUCAAAUGUUAUGUGAGAUGGCCGCAAAGCUCAGCCAUGUUUGUCGUGACCAGGCUAGGGUGGACAGAUGCUCUCCUGGGGCAUUCCAAGGAGCUCUGUGGUUUGCACUCAAUCGGGGGCGGGGGUCAUCAAUAUGUAGCUGCUUCUCCUGAGAUUUGCAGCGACAGGUAGCCGUGUGUGCCUCACACAGCUGUUCCCCCCACAGAAGCAGAGUUCAAAGGCCAGAGAAUGUGUGUUCACAGACAGGUGCUAAUGGGUAGGUGCACCGGAAGGCUUCCCGCAGUCCCAAGUCCCAAGUGUGUCUUGCUCAAUAUGUUGUAUUAUCUCAUUCUGAUUCAAAUAAAGCAGAGCCUUUUUGAUACAUAA